AUGUCCUACACAGCAGCCUAUGCCUUUCACAGGCCACAUAAUAUCCCGAAUAGCCACACAGCAGUCUUCGACGAGGUCAUGGCAGUCUUGCCCAGUCUCACCGUCGCUCAUCUUCAGCUCGUCAUUCGAACGAUCAAUCGAGAUUUCAACUUUAUGAACUUGGCCGUCAGCGGGCGCAAGGCUGAGAUUGCAGCUCGAAUACGAGAACUGCUACAGAGCACUGUCGUCAACGAUUUGACGGUCUUCCAGCGCCUCAGGACGGUCGUGCUCGAUGUCUUUUACAACCGCAUCCCGACCAACUCUCCUGCAAGGCCGGGAAUCACCCAACCGCACCCACAGAAUGGCGCGACACGCAUCAUCCUUCCCCCCAGUCAGCCCAGCUUCACACCCAGUGCUCCCGUUCCGCAAGGACCGCGACCUGCGGUUCCUGCCCAGAUUGCCGCACGACCAGCAGCGGUCCUACCGGCUCCCAAUAUCGAAUUCAGAGCCAGUCCAUUUUACCGCAUAGAACGCCACUUGACUAGCCUGCACGGCUGUCCGCGCGCUGCGGUCCAAGAACGCAAGACGGUCACGAUGCCCUUCAACCUACAAGAGUCGCAUCGUCAGCUCAUCCUUGACGGCAGGGCCAACCCAGCGAACCCGCAAUAUCAAAUGCGACUAUUCGCCACAUCCGAGGAUUUCUACGCCGGCACUUCAUACCCUCACCCGUCCAGAGUGACCGAGCCAUGUCCCAUUGACUUCCCGACGACGUGCGAGAUAAAGAUGAACUCCUUCCUCUGCGAUGCAAAUACGCGCGGCCUAAAGAAGCGACCGGGCAGCGCGCCACCUGCUCAUCUCGGCUCUGUCAGAGGCCAAGCAAAUCCAGCAGUAACCUACGCCAAUCGCGUCGAAUUCAUCUACGUCAACACUGAGAAGAAAUACUGGGUCGUCGUAUGUCUGGUGCAAUACUACUCUGUACCCGUCGUUCUCGACAGGAUACGCAAGGGAAACCGCAGGACUGCGGCAAUGGUCGUGCAAGAAAUUUUAAAAGAUACGGAGGAGAACCCAGACGUGGUGAUGAAGUCGACACUGUCUAUGAAAGAUCCGUUGAGCUUCAUGCGGAUCAAGACGCCCUGUCGUGGUCGACGGUGUACUCACUUGCAAUGCUUUGACGCCGAGACUUUCUUGACAAUCAUGGAGCAAACGCCGACAUUUCAAUGCCCGGUCUGCAACAAAGUGACGGACGUGGAUGACAUGUUUGUCGACGAGUACUUUGACGAGGUGAUGCAUGCCGUACCGGAAAAGGUUGAAACUGUGGUGGUUUACCCUGACGCAAAGUGGGAGUCCGAGGAUCUCAAAUAUGGCACCACAGUCGAAGUGCUAGCGAAGCAAGCCGAACUGGCAGCAGCGGCAGCUCGUGCGCCCCUGAAAGCAGUCGCUGAAGUCAUCUCGCUCGAGGAUGACUCUGAUGACACCGAAUCGGUCUAUGACGCUGCGAGCUCGGGCCUCAACGGACACUCGCCAGCGAAACCUGCACCGACCAAGUUGGCGGCUGUCAUCGAUCUCACACUCAGCUCUGAUGAAGGCGAACCGUCCGAUCGAGAUGAAUAUCCGCUCGCCCAGAUGACGCGCAAAACAUCGUCCAGUGUGCCACAAUGGAUGCCAGAUGAAUACCGGUCAAACGGUCAGCAGCUCGGGCCCGAUCUCACAAGGAUGCGAUCUGCUUCCGGUGAUGAUGCCCAUGCACCCGUCCGUCCGUUGCGAGCAGACGACACGACGCUCUACACUCGGGCACCAUCUUAUCCCUCUGGCGCAACUUCGCGGAAGCGCAAUGCAAGCUACGACGAUGGCACGCCAGAGCCAGACCUGUACUAUCAGCCACCUCGUCAGCGUACGAGAACUUCGACAGCUCGACCGCGGCGAAAGCGCAAGAUGGCCACGCACGAGACCAAGUCGGGACUAGACAAGGCUGAUGCGCCGGCCAAGUCUGAUCUCAAGGCCAUUGUGAAAGCAGCAGACAUGUCAGAAGAGCUACAGCAGGACGCUGUAGAUGUGACAAAGGCCGCCUUCGAAAAGUUCAAUCUCGAAAAGGACAUUGCAGCCUUUGUCAAGCGAGAGUUCGACAAGAAGCACGGUUCUACAUGGCACGCCGUCGUCGGCAAGAACUUUGGCAGCUAUGUCACCCACGAGUCUGGCAAUUUCGUCUACUUCUAUCUUGGACAAGUUGCAGUCGUGAGCGCAUGA